UUCAACUUUCAAUCGUCAAUUAAAGAUCAUUCCGCAGUCCUCAUCUCCACGAGACAUUGACUCGACAUCAACGCGACCGUAGAUGGAAGCCCUCUGAACCAAACGCUUGGAAAUCGACGCGCAAACAUGCUCCUCCACUCGCUCCUCAUCCUCAGCGCCUUGCUCCUCAUCACCUCAGCAGCCGUCCUAGCCAUCGAACUAACCUGGCCAUCAUCAAUCGCAGUCCUCGCAACCUCCUUCGGAGCAGACCGCUGCAGGAAAGCGCAAGAAGGCGAAGAGCGAUGUCACCUCAACAACGUGCAAGAAUGCAAAAAGGAAUCCGGAGGGAGCCAUUACAUCUGGCGGCCGAAGACGAGAUGCGAUGAGUGCUUGUUGUGUACUUGUUUGACUAUUCAUGAGUGCGAGUGUAAGGAGGGUUCGCCCGGGACGGGGGGAAGGGGGCCUCAGGAAGUUCUGGGUUGAGGUCGCGGGGUACUGCGUGAUAUGAUUUAUAGGGAUGGAAUGGGUUUGCGAUACGAAUGAUGUAUACGAGACUACCAUAACACCGCCAUAAUGUCUGGGGCGCAUUUUAUAUUCGAUCGUAGCUGGUCUGGAGGUCAUCUCAUCGAGCAGAUCUGUGGCUGACACCCCGCAUUAUGGAGGUUUGGGGUCUUGUAGAC